CCGGUUGAUGGCAAAUCAAAAAAAGUUUUAUUUUUGUAUCUUUUUCUUCUCUUCUUUCUUUUUUAUCUUAUAAACAAUCAUGGAUGCCUCAACUUCAGCAAGCGAUGGAAGAAACUCUGUUCCGUCUGCAACGUCUGCCAUCAAUGAUUCCGCUACCGCUACCACCACUACUGCUGCUGCUACAACUACAGAUCAAAGCAGUACGUCUGACGUUCCUACUACCACUACCACUAUUACCAGUGACACACCUACAUCAGCCAUAGAUUCAACAACAACAACUCCUAAUACUACUACUGAACCAGCUACAUCAAAUAAUGAUUCCUCAACAACGACUACGACUACUCCUUCAUCUUCUGGUAUGCCUUCUUCAAGCACAACGAGUGAAUUAUCGUCUACUCGAUUGAUUCUUACUUCUUCUACAAUAGAUAGAACAUCGUCUUCCUCUAUGCCAGCUAGUACAACGACCUCUACAGAAAUAAUGACCUCAUCACCUGUUCCUAUUGUCUCUGUGUCAUCUUCGGGCUCAGUCCAUCGUACUUUUACAUCCACCUCUUAUUCCAGUUAUCGAACUACAGUGCCAACUGUCGUCUCAAAUGCACAAUUAGGUUCAUCCUCAAGUAAUACUGGUGCCAUUGCUGGUGGUGUUGUAGGAGGUGUUGCAGGACUCGCUUUAAUAGCUGGUGUUGCUUUUAUUUUAAUGAAACGUCGUCGUAGUAAAAGAAACAAUGGCUAUGGCGAUGAUAAUAACGUGAUAGAUUCAGGAGGAAAGCAUGCUGUGAGUCCUCAAUUCAAUCACUAUUACGAAACACCUACUAUGCUAUCCGAGAACAAUAGCCAACCUGCACUUUCUGCUACUAACGUGACUGCUGCACCAUCACAAGGCACAAAACCUAGGCCAUUUGUUCAAGCUUAUGAUCCUGCAGGAAACUAUUCAGAAGGAGGCCAAUACUACUAUAACGAUUAUAAUAGCAAUGCGGGCUAUGAUCCUUAUUACUCAGCUUCUCAACAGAGCACAGUAAUACCUCAUAGCGGAAGAAAUGUACCUGAUGAAAUUGAUACUAAUACACCUGCUCGACGGUUAUCUAGGCAUGUUCCUGAUGAAGUCUAACUUUUUUAAUAAUAAUUUUGUAAAAUGUAAUUUUUUUAAUCAGUUUAAUAAAUCAUCCGAUAGACUUAUGUAAAAGAAAA